AUGCUUACGCACGUCUUUGUUUCCGGGUGCAUUCUAGACGAGUUCUCUUAUAAAGAUUGUUAUCGUAAGUUAUCAAAAAUUAUUUAACAUUUACGUGCUGUUUUACACUCGAGAGUCUGUGCCGUUGUCACGGUAACGGUUAAAAACCUAGUAUCGCGCAUGCGCACUGCGAUCCUCAGCUGCACCGGGCAGGAAACAGAGCGAGGGAAAGUUUUCCGCCUGUUUUGUUGUGUCCCUGAAAUUCAACACACGCUUUCUUUUUUUAACUUUUAACCGCAAUGAGACGAACAAGGUCCUCUAGGGAUAAGAGUCAAAGUGCUCCAGAAAACGCUGAAGUCCAGUCAGGAGCAGGUAGGUGUUAUAAUGCUUAUAUAUAGAUAUGGAUAGCUGUGGGUUAGCUGCAGUACAUGUGGACAUGUCAGGGCAAAGGAGGACAGGAAAAUACUGGCCUAUUUUAUUCGUUUUAAUCACUUCUUAAAGCAGCAAGACUAACAUUUUAUUAUUUAAACACUUCUUUAAAAUGCCCGGUUUUAUUUUAGUUCCAUAUUUGCUAUGUAGUGUUAGCUUUUGUUUGAACAAUUUGGGCAGGAUGAUAUAGCCUGAUACAGUGGCAUGGUUGUAUUAUGAUGAAUUAAAAAUCAGAUUCUAGGGUAGUUUGGAAACUUUGACAUGAUGUAUAAAAUACAAAAAUAAUCUCAGGAUCUGUGUACAACAUGUGGUCAAAAUACACAAGAUGAAAAACCACAACUAUGUCAGAGAGGUUUCAAGCUGUCAGAGAUUUAUGUGCAGUUUUAGAUUCAAAGUAUUGAUAUCACUGGAGUUAUUAUAACAACAGGUAGAAAGGCAUUAACUUUCCCACCCUCUCUGUGUGUGUGUCUUAAAUCAGGGUGGCAGUGGAUGGGAGAUGAUGGACAGUGGAAACCAUACCAGCCCUCAGUCUGUGCCCUUCUGGACUCAGCUGUCUCUGCAGGACAAACUUCUGCCACCCUGACUCUGGGUGCAGGGACAGCCUAUGAGGUCGACCUAAAGAAGAUGGUCCAGAUUAACCCUGUCACAAAGUACAAGAGGAAAAUUCGCUUUCAGGCUGUAAAACCAGGUAUGUGUGUUUAUCUGUGUUACCUAUGAUGCCUUAUUUCUCUUUAGUUCUCCCCAGAUCCUUUGCAAUUCGCAUACAGGAAAACUAGAUCUUUGGAGGAUGUUAUCUCUGUUGCUUUGAUUUUUUGCCGAUGUACAUUUAGACACAGGAAAUGCUUAUGUGAGAAUGCUUUUUAUACACUUUAACUCUGCUUUUAACACUAUUAUUCCCUGUGUACAGCCUAAAUAACCUCCAGCCUCAGGGGUGUUCUUAAUUUCAUGUUGUGUCUGAGCACUUUGGGCCAAAUAGAAGUUUUUAAAUAUUUUUAUUAUCUUUAUUACUUAUUAUUAUUAUUACUUGCAGUGUCCUUCUAUGCUUAACUUUAACUGUAAUUUUGACUCACCUUAUUCUGUGUUUCUAUGUAACUUGCUUUGUUUGUCUUUGUUGUCUUCUCGCAAACACUUUCCAAUGUGCUUUUUUUCUGCAAAUGGCAAAUAAAUGACUCUGACUCUGAUUUUCUACCCCAAUACUUUUUCAUUUUUGAAUCUUUGCACCUAACAACCUUUCCAUGCUGAUUUGAUUUGUCAUUGAUUGUUUUAGAUUUGAGAAUUUAAAUUAAAAAUAAGUUAUGUUUGUUUCCAGAGAGUGCAGAUGAUGCUGGUGACUCAACCGCUCUCAAUGGGAUGCCUGCUAAAGUCAAAGAGGAAGAGGAGGAGGAGAAAGAGCAACCUGCAGCAAAGAGGAAAAGAGGGCAAAGCAAAAAGGAGAGUCAGAUAAAAACAGAAGAAACACCCAAAGAAGAAGUAAAAAGUGAAGGUAAAGUACUGUAGGUGUAAUGUUCAGAGAUGUUGUUUGUGGUUUCUGAAGAAGAGGAACUUUCCUGUUAUUCAUUUUGGUUAUUAGUUAGCUUCAGUUACGGUUUGUCUCUGCUCUCUGGUUGUUAAACAAAAGUUGUGAAGACAGUGGUCAUGAAAGGAAAAGCCCCGGUGGACUCUGAAUGCAAAGCCAAACUCGGGAAGGUACUGCAUCUCUGAUGUUUUCAUACUUAUUUGCAUAUUGAGAAGAAAAUGAUUUUAAUGUCAGAAAAAUACCUGAAAAAAAGUGGGAAAGCACUUUUUUUCGUUUCACUUUGUUUUGUUUUUAACAAAUUUUCUAUUUCUUCUUCAGGCCCAUGUGUACUGUGAACAAAAGGAUGUUUACGAUGUGAUGCUAAACCAGGUACAGUAUUUUAAAUACUUAAUUACAAGAUGACUCAAAUGGGUCUUCCACAUGAGAUUACAAUUCUUGAACUGAUAGGAAGGAAUUUACACCUGUGACAAAAGUCUGGUUUCUCUUUAGGAACCAUGAGUAUGCAGCUUCUUUGCUGCUUUUGAAACUAUAAGAAAAUAACAGAUAAUGAGGAAAGAGUUAAAACUAUUAGAUUAACUUUCAUCUAAUUUUAAACAUCCUUUUUGUGGGUCAAAGAUAAAUGUUCGGCUUAAAUCAAAUACUGUCUUUUCUGUUUUGUAGACAAACCUUCAGUUCAACAACAACAAGUAUUACCUGAUCCAGCUGUUGCAGGAUGACAACUCCAAGUCUUACAGUGUGUGGAUGAGGUGGGGCAGAGGUGAGUUUUUGUGCCUGUGAUCCGAAUUAAAAUUUGUUGAAUGUUGAUUUUACACAUGAAAACAACAACAUUCUUCUGUUUGGAGUAUUUUUUUCUACCAUCUCUGUCUAAUUGUGUGUUUUUUUAAGUGGGGAAAGUGGGUCAGAACAGCCUGACCGCCUGUGGUGGAGACCUGCUGAAGGCCAAAGAUAUCUUCAAGAAAAAGUGAGAUUGUGGUCUUGAAUAAAUGUAACCAAAUGUGUUAAAUCCAUGUGAGGGAAGCCAAACUUAGAGACUUUGUUUUUCUCUACAGGUUCCUCGAUAAGACCAAGAAUGAGUGGGAAGAUCGGGGAUGUUUUGAGAAAGUAGCGGGGAAAUACGACCUGGUGUUCAUGGACUACAGCACCGAUGAAAAGGCAAACAAAACAUCUUGAUAAUCCUUACAUGUGAAGGAGAUUAUACUGAGUUGAAGGUGAGGUCCGUCAUUGUAAAUCAUACCAAAUAUUCUUGACUGUUCCAGGAGGAGAACCAGACCACAAUAGAUGCUGUACCCAAAAAGAGGACCUCAAAGCUGGAUGUGAAGAUCCAGUCGCUCCUGGAGCUGAUCUGUGACCUCAAAGCCAUGGAGGAGUGUGUGCUGGAGAUGAAGUUUGACACCAAGAAAGCUCCUCUCGGUCAGUCCGACUGAAUCAAAACAACAACAGGAAAUACACAAUAAUCUCCUGUCACACUUUCACUGUUAAGUCUCGAAAUUUAACUUCUGCUAAGAGUUUUUGAAUCAAUUUUUUCAAGUUCAGUGUUUCUCUGUCCCCCUGCAGGGAAGCUGACCUCGGAGCAGAUCAAAGCAGGCUACACCGCGCUGAAGAAAAUCGAAGACUGUCUAAAGACGAAGAAGGGCAGCAGUCGGGAGCUGCUGGAAGCGUGCAACCAGUUCUACACCCGCAUCCCUCAUGACUUUGGGUGAGUAAUAUGCAGCUGCACAGUGAGAAGGUUGGAAAAAGAAGCAGCAAGUUUUUCUAAAAAUCUGAAAUUCUCCAGGUUGAGGACACCUCCGCUCAUUCGCACAGAAGAGGAGCUGAAGGAGAAAAUAGCUCUGCUAGAGGUAACAGCCAUUCAUCAACAUCUAGAACACCUGUUCUGGUAUUCUGCUUAGUGUUUUGGUUCAGUAUCUUCAUAUUUUAUUCUGUCUUAUGUCUGUUUUCAGGCUCUGAGUGACAUUCAAAUCGCUGUCAAAAUGGUGAAGUCCAGUGCAGACGGUGAUGAGCAUCCUCUGGACAGACAGUACCUCUCACUAAAGUGCCAGCUGCAGUCCGUGGACUCCAGCACUGAGGAGUUCAAGGUUUGUGACUGACUGACUGCUUAUAGUAAUUACAGUAAAAUAUUUAAAGGUUUAUCAGCCGGGACUGAUGAUCUAUAGGAUGCAUCUAUUAUUAGAUUUCAUUAUGAAACCUCUCAGAUCAUAAAAGCAGCAAAGUUAUGAAAUGACAAAGAGCUGCAGGGAAGUUAUGCUGCGAUAGUGCAAGUGGAAGCAGAAGUGAAAACAGCAAUUUGGAGCCACAUAUGAUAGUAACAAUAAUAAAGAUCAUUUCUUGAGUUCAACUUUCAUCGCCAAAUGUUUAAUAAUUGUAUAUAACAGUUUUAAAAGCUAAAGUUUGAAUUAUUGAAGUUUCUUUUCUCUCCACGUGAAGGUGAUCGAGAAGUAUCUCCAGUCCACUCAUGCGCCCACCCACUCCGACUACACCAUGACUGUCCUGGACAUCUUCUCGGUGGACAGAGAAAGCGAGAGGGGCAACUUCAACUCACAGUUACACAACAGGUGAGACAUUAAAACUGCAUAAAUAUGACUUUUAAAUCUUCUCCUUUUCACUGUUUCAUUUGUUCCUGCGGUGACGUAAACAAAGACAUGGUCUAUAGUGGAGUCUUGUUAUAAUCCUCUACCUGUCUCUGUCUGACAGGACUCUGCUGUGGCACGGUUCUCGACUUUCCAACUGGGUCGGCAUCCUCAGUCAGGGGCUCCGAGUGGCUCCACCUGAAGCUCCAGUCACUGGUUACAUGGUAGGACGACUGAUUGGUUGAUAUUUCAUUGAUAUUAUUGCUUUUGAAGCUCUUUGAACCACACGUGGAACAGAUUUAGUUUUUCUAAGAGAUACUGAUUAUCCAUUAGGGAAUAAAAUAAUCAGUAUGGUGAUACGUACGUACGUAUGGUGAUAUGUAUGGUGAUUUCCCUGUUUAUCUUCCGUCUAGUUUGGCAAAGGCAUCUAUUUUGCUGACAUGUCAUCAAAGAGUGCCAACUACUGUUUUGCGAGCCAGAGUAACAACAAUGUCGGACUGCUGCUUCUGUGUGAGGUGAGCUGGUUUUAUUUUUGUUCAGUGGUUUUAUUUUUUUUUAUUUCUCUCCUGUCAGAAUUAUUUUAAAGCAACUCAGAGUCAAGGCUGUUCAUGAUAUGUCAUAAAAGAGUUAAAACCUAAGAAAAGAAAGAAAACUCUCCCUGACUGAGAGCUGAGCGGUCAGCUGGAGGUGAAUCAGUAGCAGCGGUGCUUACCGUCUUCUUACCCGACGAGCUUCUUCUUCAGCCCCCAUGACCUGCCAGCUCCAUCUGGUGGGUUUCGUUCAGGGUUUUAGGGUGUUGGUGGAGAGCUGGUGUGAGCGAUGGUGGGUGUAAAAAAUACAUGGGCCAAACUUUAGGAUAAUGUCUUUUUGGUAUUUUAAGCCUCCAUCUGAUAUGCAAGCAAAAAUUAGUCUUCUCAGCAUCUCUGUCCUUGACUCCACAGCUACUGAGUUCCCGCUCUCUGUUCAGGUGUUCCCAAUUCCACAAUCAACAGGUUUUCAUACAAAGUGACAAGAAAUGACGUGUCCUCGUUGACCUGGUUCGCUGGGAUUUGUAGUCCUUAUCUCCCUUUGGGUUCACCCGAUAAAUGCAUAUUUACAAUGCUGCACCUCUGGUUAACCAGCUUAUAGUUACAGGGAAAAGAAAAGUAAGAAAGAAAAGAUCCUAAACCUAUCAGUGAGAGAAUAUCUUUAUCUCUAUAUAUCUAUGUAUAUAAUAGAGUACCAAACAAUAAACACAAUUUAAGCUUUCAUACUCCGAUGUCCACAAGUAUGUUACUUGCUGUCGUAUCCUGUCAUGUUUGACUCGGUGAAUACUUUCUUAGCUUAAAGCCGAUGUGUAGACAGACGUCAGACUUAUUUACUAAAGUGAAAAAACUUUCUAAAACUCCUGAAAAGACUCUACAAACUCUGGUUUGUCUCCUAUGACAACAACACUUUACCCUGAAGUAUCUUUUGUUUAUCUUAAUGAUCAGAAUCUCUCUGGUUGUAAAGUUUAAAGGUUAUAAAUAGUGUCUUCAGGUAAUUACUGACUGCUUUCAUUUAAUCAAAGUGUUUCAUGAUGCAUCUAAAUGAAUUUCUGUGUUUUGUUUUUGUUUGAUAAUCUGAAGAGAGAAAACUAACUUUUUGCCAUUAAGUUAAAAUUUAACUUCAAAACUUCCAGACUGAAUUAGAAAAGAUGAUCUUUUUCUGCUAUUUUAAAAAGGAGAGGGACUUUUUAUGGAAAUACACUAUAAUAAUAAUCAUACAGGAACAUCAGUAUGGACAUAUAGCAGCACUGUUAACAAAGAUGUAUAACUAUAGAUGCUGUAAAAAAAAAGUAAAGCACACCUGCUUUGAUAAGUAUUAGGAUGAUCAUCCUUCUUUAUACUUUUACUUCACUUUUCAUUGUGUUUCUUGUAUCUGACUACAUUUUUUUCAUCUUUUUACACACUCUCUGUUGUUGUAGUUUACUCAAGGGUUCCUGUCUCUCCAGUAUUUGGCGCUGUCAGGCUGUUUAUUCCACUUCUUCUAGCUCUGCCAAGUCCACAGCUCACAUUAACCACAAAACCAACAUGAUUUGAACAGAUAUGGUGCAACGCUCGUGUCAUUGUCCUCACUCUGUGUGUGUCUGUGUGUGGUCGCAGGUCGCUCUGGGUGACUGUAAUGAGCUGCUGGACGCCGACUACGAGGCCAAUAAUCUGCCCGCUGGAAAACACAGCACCAAAGGCCUGGGACAGACCGGACCUGACCCCAAAAACUCUGUCACUCUGUUAGUCCGCGGCACUACACACUCGCACAUUUCAUACAGGCUGGAGAUCGAUCUGACUGUGUGAAUCAUUAGAUUAUCUGAGAGAGAGGAGAGGAAUUAACGAGCUGGUCAGCACAUAAACAUCAGAAGUAAAUCUGCUUUGUGUGAAACAACCGAGAUGAGUUUGUUUGGGGUGCAAAGUCAGGCGAAAUGAAGCUGUUUCUUUAUUUCUUAUCCUUCUCAAAGUAAUGUUUGUUAGAUCGAAGCAUCAUUUAGCUCAGAAAUCCACGAAAUUACCACAGCUGUUUAUCAAAUCUAAGUAGCCCCUUUGGUUCAGGGCCGUUUUGGAGCAACAUUUGAUGGUUUAAAAGCAGAAAGAGGCCGUUUGAAGUGACAGCAUUCGAGUGAAGUCCAAAUAUCAAACGCUGAUCUUUGUUUGCUCUGCGCUGACUCACUCGUUAAUGGACUGACCUCCAUUUGCUCUCGUUUGUUCUCUGCCCUCUCUACCGCUCUGCUGCCUCUUCUCUGUGGAUUUCACAACAUGAAAAAUAAUCAUGAUUUAUUACGUAAGAGUCACUGGAGUGGGGACAACCUCUGAUUUCAGCCGGUGAUGUCCUUCAGAUUUAAUUGUAAUGCUUCGUGUUUGCUUCAGAGUUAGUUUAUCUUCAACAGAGCUGGGAUCAUCGGCUCAUGGGGACUUAAUUUUGGGCAGUUUUUAAGAUCUGUGUGUUUCAGUGACAUUUUUAACAUAAAUGCAAGAAUUUUAUGUUAGAACUUUGGUUUUUCUGACAUUUGCAAACUAAAAACAAUCCCAUUUUGAACACAAUUUCUAGAUUAGAUCUGCACUCUUCUGUUCAUUUCAGUCUUGUGCCGCCUGGAUCAAAAGUAGAAUUUCUCUCAGAUCUGGAUCUACAGCUAGUGUGAACUUUCUGACUGUGUUAAAAUGCCCUUCAGACAAAAGUAACCUUUGAUUUUUAUCCCCCCCCCGUCUCUGUCUCAGGGAUGGUGUGACGGUGCCGAUGGGACCGGGCGUGAAGACGAAGGUGGCUCGAUCCAACGCUUACUCCCUCCUCUACAACGAGUUCAUCGUCUAUAACCCGGCGCAGACGCGUAUGAGGUACCUGCUGAGGAUCAAGUUCAACUACUCGUCUCUGUGGUGAAGCUGUGAGGAGUCUGGAGAGCUCGCAGGUCUGAGUCAGAUACUCUCUUUGUAAAGUCAGGGUUCAGCUCCUGGUGCUUGGAAGUUUAAUACAGAAGUUUGCUGCACUGUAAGAUUGUAAUGGUUAUCAACUAUUUUGCUUCUUCUUAAACAGGAGGGUCAGCAUUGAACAAGAUAUUUGAUACCUAUAGGGUUAAAAAAUUGUCCGAUUCUUCCUUUUUUUGGGUUUACAGACAAAACAAUUUGUGCAUUUAUUAGGAGCAUCACAGUCGUGUCCACAGUGGGGUUUAUCAUAUCUGAUGGGAAGUGUUAAUUUUUCAUUUUAAAGACAGAACUGCUCGUAAUGUCCUCUUAUUGUCUUGAAAUCUGCUCCUUUUGAGGCAGAAAUUGUCCAAAGUUUUCCUGUUAUUGCUCGGUUAGUUUUGAGGUUUAUCGUCCUGCUGCAGGAGCUGAGUUCAGCUGUGAUGGUUGACGAAGGGUCCAUGUGAACAGAGUGAAAACACGCAGAAGAUUUUGCACUAUUUUUAUCCUGUUUCUUUAUAUUUUGUACACCCUGAUAUCGAUGUAAGCUGCAUUGCACUAAAAUGCAUGUUAUAAAUGAAAAUAUGCCUUUUUUUUCUCUCUGCUUUGGUCGUGAUAUAAAAAAACGCCUUAUACAUAUGUUGGAUUUGUGUGUCUGUUUUUGGAAAUAAGACUUUAAACUGCACAACUGACAGAACAUCAUUGCCUGUAGCCUACUAAUAUGAGAAAAAAAAAUUUAAACUGCUUGUUUGUUUGUUUUUUAAAAAUGACGUGUCAAAUAUUUUUAAACAUUAAAUAAAAAAUCCAAAAUUGUAAAGCUGUUUUAAUAUUUUUUCUGUUUAUUUAUGUUGAUUUAAAACAGACAGAAAGAAGAGAUUUAAAAGGAACAUACAGGAAAAUAACAAUAAAAGGACAUUUUCUUUGUGGGUAUAUCUUAGAGUGUGUGUGUGUGUUUGUGUUUGUGUGUGUUUGUUCAGUUUCACCUCCUCCCCAUCAGGUAGAGGAAGAUGAGCACUAUGUCCAGGUAGAUGAUGAGAGCGGCGUAGAUGUACUCUUCAGGAUCGGCGCGGUGACUCAUCGACCCCGUCAGCAGCUGGACGUCGAUCAUCAGGAACUGAAACAGGACCCGAGAGAAAAAAGGUGGAGAUGUAAGAUCAAGUUUACAGUCAGCUGCUGCAGAUUUAGUCUACUUGUUCUAACUCUGUCAAGUUUAGACUCGAUAUAGAGCAAGUUUUCUUAAAAAGAAAGCAACACAUAAGAAACCAUUUAAAACUAAUAAUAAAAAUGAGGCGUGUCCCGAUACACCCCUCUUACUUCCCAUAUGAUACCAAUAUUGUAGCCUCCAGUAUUGACCGAUACCAAUAUUGAUAAAACUGUUGUUGUGAUUAUGUGGGUUCUGCAUGCUGGAUCCAGUAGCUGCUAGCUAGAGGUGCUGGAGCGGAGUUGGGAAUGGACUGCUUGUAUUGGAGUGUUGAUAUCGGAGAUUUUAGAUGCAGGCCGAUAUAAUCCGAUAUUCGUUUUUUGCUGAUAUCAGACCAAUAUUCAAUAUCGGAUCAGGACUCCCAAUGCCACUAUUUUAGCUUCAUAAAGAAACAUUAUCGUAGACUGUUUCCUCACCUUCCGAAAUCAUGUUCAGAGCUUUAUAGAUGUUAAUUUCUACUCUGUUUCUGUUUUAAAGCAGUUUGGAUGAAAAAAAACAUCCAAACACACCCAUGAUUAACAAAAUUAAGUGCGCAAUCAUCUUAUCGUAUGUUGGAAAGUCGUAGUUGUAGAAGUAAUCGGACAUGAUUUAAGGAGUGGAGUUGUUAUGACGGUGCAGUUUAACCCCUCACCAGUGAAAACAGCUUCUUCUCAAACAGGAGGGUCAGCAUUGAACAAGAUAUUUGAUACCUAUAGGGUUAAAAAAUUGUCCGAUUCUUCCUUCUUUUGGGUUUACAGACAAAACAAUUUGUGCAUUUAUUAGGAGCAUCACAGUCGUGUCCACAGUGGGGUUUAUCAUAUCUGAUGGGAGUGUUAAUUUUUCAUUUUAAAGACAGAACUGCUCGUAAUGUCCUCUUAUUGUCUUGAAAUCUGCUCCCUUUGAGGCAGAAAUUGUCCAAAGUUUUCCUGUUAUUGCUCGGUUAGUUUUGAGGUUUAUCGUCCUGCUGCAGGAGCUGAGUUCAGCUGUGAUGGUUGACGAAGGGUCCGUGUGAACAGAGUGAAAACACGCAGAAGAUUUUGCACUAUUUUUAUCCUGUUUCUUUAUAUUUUGUACACCCUGAUAUUGAUGUAAGCUGCAUUGCACUAAAAUGCAUGUUAUAUAUGAAAAUAUGCCUUUUUUUUCUCUCUGCUUUGGUGGUGAUAUAAAAAAACGCCUCAUACAUAUGUUGGAUUUCUGUGUCUGUUUUUGGAAAUAAGACUUUAAACUGCAUAACUGACAGAACAUCAUUGCCUGUAGCCUACUAAUAUGAAAAAAAAAAUAUUGAAUUGCUUGUUUUUUUUUUUUAACAAUGACGUGUCAAAUAUUUUUAAACAUUAAAUAAAAAACCCAAAAUUGUAAA